AUGAAAGAACUUCCUCACAGGGAGAGAGUAUAUGCUUCUGGAAUUGAAAGCUACAGACUUUGUCAUGAUCAACAAGUUCAAAAUACUUCAAAUCCACAUCUCGAGCAACCUGAAAAUAUGAUAAAUAGCUCCCACAUUCCAUUUAUCGGAAAUAUAGUGAACGAUUUACAAAAAUGUGCACACUUCUCCCUCCUCAUCCCCAGUAGCCUUGAUCUCAUGGCCUCCGAGCACCGCGACUUCAACGUGGAGGCAGUGAUGCUCACCGCCUCGGAGGUCGUCUCGGGGUUUGGGUCAGAUAUGGCCGGUGCCGGCAUAUCCCUGUGCGCUCCUACCGAAACGACUUUUGCGGAUUUGCCUCUUCCAUCAGGUUCCAAACGCUGA